CACACAUGUCUAUAUAUAUACAUAAAAAAUAUUCCUCGGAUUGAUAGUAAAAUAUACAUCAACGAUGGCUGGCCAUUUUCUCAGGUUUCGCGGCUUUCUGAAGAGCCUGGGACCAGGCGAGGCCGGCUUCGUGAACGCGUGUGUCGGGCUGACCGCUUUCUCUCUGGCCUUCUAUCGUUACCAGCUCGACAUCCAGGAGCAAAGGGAACGUGAUGCGGAACAAGAUGCUGAGAGUACCUUCUAUAUUUGCCACAAGGUCAAACCAAGCGCGACUCUGCAAACCAUGAAACGAUACCGCGCUCGACUGCGAAAUGAGGCAAAAGAACUUGGCCUAGAGCAGCCUAUAAAUCGUGACGAGCUAACUGAUGAGUGGCUAAGAAGGAGAAAUAUAGGUGAUCCCGAGGCGGAGAAUAUAAAUAUCCUGCGUCUAAGAAUGAAGUCUCUCCUGCGGGCCUGCGUGAACUUUCUGACCCACCACCCUGAAAAGGUUCACUACAUCACUGGCGAUUCACAGGAUAACCCGAUCGGCUUCAAUCCAAUCACUGAGAAUGAGAUGCGGAAGAUCCUUCUUUAUGUAGAACCACUGGAUCAGGCCUGCUGCAGGAACCAUCCCACAUGUAAUUGGGCAAGGGAUGCCCCGUUCGAGUAUAACUCUUUGCGAGAAGUGUAUAAAAUACCACGGGAUUGGCCCUCCACAUAUCAGAACGAAGAUGAUUUUGGAGCCAAGAGCACGCCGGAGGACGAUACAAACUACAUUCGGAUUUCAGAAACCGUGCCAUCCACAAGGGUCGCACAGAAAUUCCAUGAGUUGGAAACGAAAAGGCUAGAGAUCGAGAGGUUGGAGCGAGAGGUCUCUAUACUCGGACGGAAAUGA